AUGUAUGCGAACACAUUAUCUAACGAGGAUGCUCAAGCAUUACGUGAGGAGUGUAAAAUGAAGAUCCAGGGAAAUGAUAUACCUCUUCCAGUUGCAGAUUUUGUUUCACUCGGAUUUCCAACACAAGUUAUUGACAAGUUUGCACAGAUGAAAUUCACUGUUCCCACUCCUAUUCAGGCCCAAGGAUGGCCUAUGGCUCUCAGUGGACGUGAUAUGGUUGGAAUAGCCGAUACUGGUUCUGGUAAAACACUUUCGUUUGUAUUACCAGCCUUAAUCCAUGCAAAGGCUCAGCCUCGACUUCGUGAAGGAGCAAAUAUUGUUCCACAGAAGAAGGCAUUGUCCAAAGGAGUUGAGAUAUUGGUUGCAACACCAGAUCGAAUGCUUGAUAUGGGUUUUGAACCCCAGCUUAAUGAUAUUAUUCCAAAAACUCAUAAAAAUAGACAGACACUCAUGUGGAGUGCCACAUGGCCAAAAGAAGUUAGACAGCUUGCUAAUAACUAUGCGUCGAGGGAUUAUAUUCAGGUGACAAUCGGAGAUGGAGAGUUGGCAGUUAACAAGAAGAUUAAACAGGCCGUCGAAGUAGUCAGCUGUCAUGAUAAGCAAGCUAAGUUGCUUUUCUUACUUCAAGACAAAAAGCAGGAUAGAUGUAUUAUUUUUUCAAACAUGAAAAGUACUUGUGACAAACUGGAAUAUACAUUGCAGGACAAAGGAUUCAAUGCAGUGGCUAUUCAUGGAAAUAAGUCUCAAGCAGCCAGAGAUAACAUGUUGCAGCAAGAGGACUUGACAUUAAAGAUGUUAAAGUGGGAAGAACUGCUAGAGGAUCUGCUACUGAGGGGCUUUCGUUUACAAUGUUUUCACCCGAAGAAGAUUUUGGAAAUGCCAGGAAAUUUGUACAACUCUUGA